AUGGACCUGUUCGACUCCCCAAACUUCAGCGAUCGUGUCAAGGCGUUGAUGCAAAACAAUCGUGUUCCUGGCCUCUCUGUUGCUGUUAUUAACGGUGAUAAGGUCAAGUCCGCGGGCUAUGGCUUCGCCUCAGUCAAGUCCCAAGAACCAUGCACUGCAGACACACUGUUCGACAUCGCAUCCUCGUCCAAAUCGCUUACUGCGGCAGCGAUCGCUCUUUUAGUUGAAGAUGCCGACUUUCCAGAAGUUCAAUAUGGCUCAAUCAUGUCUGAACUGCUGCCCGACGACUUUGUCAUGUCGGAUGAAUUGCACACCAAUACCGUCACUGUAGAUGAUCUUUUGGGUCACCAUACUGGCAUGCCUGGCCACGAUGAUUCAUACAUGGGAACACGCGCUGCUGAGCCUGAUGACGCCCGCUCCAUUACGCGAAAUCUGCGAAACCUCGCUGUCGCUGCUCCACCGCGGACACGCUACACCUACUGCAACAUGAUGUACACUAUCUUGACGCAUCUUAUAGAGGUCAAGACCGGUCAAGCUUUCAGAAAGUUCUUACAAGAGCGCAUUUUUGAUCGUAUUGACAUGGCGUCGAGCAGUCUGCAACCCGAAAGCGCCAAAGCUAUAGGUCACGCCCAUCGUCUUGCCAAAGGGCAUAUCUGGGACAAGAAGUCCGCAUCAUAUCGCGAGUUUGAGGCAGUGAAUUGUCCAGAAGGCCAAGGCGCAGGGUCGGUAAUCUCGAGCGCCAACGAUUUCAUCAGGUUUCUCAAAGCAAUUAUCGAUCGCAACGGGCCCAUAAGUGAGGAUGUAUACCAAGGACUGACUCGACCGCGGUCUGAGCGAGGUGCUAACCAUCGCCAACGAAAGACGGGCAUUGAUCAUAUUUUCUACACAGCUGGUAUGGAUCUUUACUGGCAUGGUGGACAUGUAGUGUUUGGGCAUAGCGGUGAUAUCACAGGCUUUGGCAGUCGCUUUGUGUUUCUGCCAGACCUCAAAUUUGGCGCUGUUGUGAUGGGCAAUUCUUCGGGAACCAACUCAGUAGCUGCACAACUAUUUCGCGGGUUCAUCGACACGGCUAUCAAGUCUUACACGGGGCCAUGGCCAUCGACGGCGAUAUCCAACAUAGGUGUGCACAUGAGCCCGCCAGAAGGGCGCGAGAAACCGAAUUCAGAGUCGCGGAGUUACGCGGGUGGAAUGACCAAGACCAACGCUGGCAGGGUGAAGGGGAAAAAAGAAGACACUCCAACUAUUGUUGGAUCGAGUGCUACAUCGCAAAGAGAUUUGACACUUGAAGAAUAUGCUGGCGACUAUUGGAACCCUGGUUAUCGCAACAUGAAGGUUGAGAUCAGAGAUAAAGGGCUUUUCAUCGAUGCAACAGAUCGUUCAAUGGGAUUCACAGCCAGGCUCAAACACAAGCGGGAUCAGUCUGUAUACGAUGCGCAUGUGCGAGACGCAUUUAAUACGGGUGACGAAGUCCUGAUGACCAAGUUCAUAAUUGAAAACGGCAAGGUCGUCAAGAUGGGCAUGGAUCUGGAGCCACUUAUUGGGGACUUGAUAUGGUUCGAGAAAGUUGACAAUGAGCAAUAA